GCCUGCCGACAGUUCCUACAGGAUCCAACUCAGCUCUACGGGAUCCUACACAGAUCCUGCACACAGCUAUGCGGAGUAGGCGGGUCAAGUCAGAAAAAACCGGCGCUUGGGCGGAAUCCACAUCGGGAUAUUUAACCAGCUUUGCGUGGUGGCUGUCCGCGUCCCUGUAUAGCCGCAUUCCAGCGCAUCUGUCCUACGACGGACCCCGCCUGUUUCCGGCUGAAAUAAUAGUCUUUCCAAUCAUCUAAUCGUCAGCUCUUUUGCGCUCCUCCAGUCUCUCCUCCUCUCCCCUCACCUCCUCCUACCACUCGUCAGUCCUCUCGACUACAUCUCCCACUGGAUGCAUUUAUUUUAUUUUUUUAAGUCAUUAUCCCUUAAAGGUCAAAGCCUCUGCUUCUAGGAAUCUCAAUUUAUUCUAGGAUCAGCUGACUGUCACCCCCCAAACGCGCCCCGGCUGUGUGCUUUUCGUAAAGUUUCUCUCUGCUGAACCUUACAUCGGAUUUGACAGGAGCAGCCUUCCUCGCAAAACUACUUUUACAUCUCAUCGGAUCCCCGAGUGCGCACGAGUGUUUUUUUUGGAGUGCUGUUUUGAUUUUGUUUUUGUUUUUUCUUCCAUUUUAUCUCAACGGAGUUUACGCGAAAUACCCGACCAACUUUAAAAUGAGCGUCUGUACCACUCCGGGUGCUGAGGUCCGCCGAAAUUCAGCAACAGAAUGGAAAAGACAGAAUUAAACUUUCUCCGCCGUUCCGUGCCCCGGUGUUCGGGGGCCAUUGAGGUAAUGCAGGUACCCCAGUCUUCCCAGUGGAGGACCCACCUGAUGACGAGUGCGUGUGUCUGCUGAGUUCCCACUCACCCACUGCCACCACUGCCUCCCAUCCCUCCACACAUCUCUGAUGGCUCUAUGGGGAGUCGUCAGCCUCAGUCUUCACUGCUGGUUGUGUUUACGGUCUGGUGCAACAGCAACAGCAGCAGUCAGCCUCCCAAAUGACAGACCCGGGGGACCUUUGGACUGGCUCUUGUCAGAUAAGGGGCCCUUCCACCACUCCCCAGAGUACAUCGACUUUGUCGAAAAGAACCGACAAGGCUUCUCCACAAGAUACAAGAUAUACAGGGAGUUUGGAAGAUGGAAGGUGAACAACUUAGCAGUAGAGAGGAGAGAAUUCCUGGAGUCUCAAUUACCUCUGACCCCCGAGUUCAUCAGGAACAUCCGAGUACUGGGCCGCAGGCCAAGCACCCAGACCAUCACUGAGAGUUUGAUCAGGAAGUAUGGAACCCACUUCCUGUUGUCAGCCACACUGGGAGGAGAAGAAGCCUUGACGAUAUUCGUGGACAAAAGAAAACUGAGUAAGAAAGCAGAGGUGAGCGAUUUUUCGGGCAACUCCUCCACUGUGACUCUGGAAGCUCUGCACCAGCUGGCUGCCUCCUACUUCAUUGACAGGGAGAGCACUCUGCGCAAGCUGCACCACAUCCAGAUUGCCUCCACUGCCAUCAAGGUGACAGAAACCCGAACAGGUCCUCUUGGGUGUAGUAACUAUGACAACCUGGACUCUGUAAGCUCUGUGCUGGUACAAAGCCCUGAAAAUAAAGUCCAGCUGCAAGGCUUGCAAGUGAUCCUCCCAGACUACUUGAGAGAAAGUUUCGUGCAGGCUGCUCUUAGCUACAUAGCCUGCAAUGGAGAGGGUGAGUUUGUUUGUAAGGACAACGACUGCUGGUGCAACUGUGAUCCUAAGUUCCCUGAGUGCAACUGCCCCUAUAUGGACAUUCAAGCAAUGGAAGACAGCCUGGAGAGAAUCACAGAGACAUGGGGGAUACUCCAUAAAGAAUUUGAAGAAUCAGAUGAAUUUAAGGCCUUCUAUGCAAGGCUUCCCCAGAACUACUUCCUGAACGUGUCGGCCAUACAGCACUUGUGGUCCUUGGACAGCCUGUUUCAGUGGCGAUAUGAGCAGCUGGAGAACAGCAUGCGGCUCCUCUCCAGACGAGCCCAGAGAGUCAUCUUCAAGCUGUUCAGCCUCAGUAAAAGAUGUCACCGGCAGCCUCAAGUCCGUAUACCAAGAGAACGACCUCAGUCCUACUGGCUGAACCAUUUCCAGUCUCUGCUGUACUGCUCAGAGAACAACCAACUUGGUGAAUUCUCAGAGGAGCUCCACAGCUGCAGCUGCCGGUACGAACACAGCCCUUGUCAGCUGCCCACGCCCUGCUCUGUUGGGGAGGGCUCCGCCUGUGCUGCGUGCGCACCUGACAACCACACCCGCUGUGGGAGCUGCAACCCAGGCUUUGCCCUGACGCAGGGUACUUGCAGGCCCAUGGUGGCUGACUCUACAGAGAACUAUCUUGGGUUUGAGACAGACCUCCAGGAUUUGGAGCUGGGCUACCUACUGCAGAGAGCAGACCGCAGGCUGGAGGUCCAUGCAAUUUUCAUCAGCAAUGACAUGCGGCUUAACAGCUGGUUCGACCCAUCAUGGAGAAAGAGGAUGCUGCUGACACUGAAGAGUAACAAGUACAAGUCCAACAUGGUCCAUAUGCUGUUGGGAAUAUCCCUUCAGAUCUGCCUUACAAAAAACAGCACCCUGGAGCCUGCUCUCACACUCUACAUCAACCCGUUUGGAGGAAGCCACUCUGAGAGCUGGUACAUCCCCGUCAAUGAGAACGGUUUUCCAGAUUGGCAGGCCACCAAGCUAGACCUGCCCUUUGAGUGCUAUAACUGGACUCUGACACUGGGCAACAAGUGGAAGACAUUCUUCGAAACCAUCCACAUCUACCUUCGCAGCAGGAUAAAGGCUCAAGAGGGGGUGAAUGACAGUGUUUACUAUGAACCUAUUGAAAUGACGGACCCGGCUCAAAGCCUGGGCUACAUGAAGAUCAACAGCAUUCAGGUCUUUGGUUACAGCAUGCACUUUGACCCGGAGGCAAUCCGUGACUUGAUCCUGCAAUUGGACUACCCAUAUACCCAGGGUUCCCAGGACACGGCCAUGCUUCAGCUCUUGGAAAUACGUGACCGUGUGAACCGUCUUUCGCCUCCAGGUCAACAGAAGCUGGACCUCUUUGCCUGUCUCCUGCGGCACAGACUUAAACUGACAGCGAGCGAGGUGGUUCGAAUCCAUGCCUCCAUACAGGCCUUCAGCGCCCGUCUGCCCAAUUCACUGGAUUAUGACACCACCAAAUUGUGCAGUUAACAGCUGCUCAAAUGGAGAACUGGACUGUAAAUUACACAGCGAACCCCUGAACAUAAGGGGUUGUGCCCUUUAUGGUGCAGAUGCUUACAAAUGCCCGGUCUUUUUAGGUUACCAAACAUUGGUUGUCGCAAGGACCAGCUGCAUACGGCUGAAGAAUGUACUCAUUGAGUUACUUUGGUUUUCAUUAUGUGGAAACUAUUUUCAGUGCUAUAAAUAAAGAAUGAGCUGGAACACUGAGGGAAUGCACAACUGUUCCCCAAACAAACUCAAAAGAAUUAUACAGCUGAAGUUCAGAAACCAUCGCAUCAAGUUGAACCAUCCUGUUUCACUAUGACUCUGCUCAUUUAUACUGUAAGUACCAAUGCCAAAUGAAUGAACGCAUUAUGGUAAAACUGGUACCGUCUGUUUGUUUGUAAUUUUUGAUACGUUUAUUUGCUUUAGUGACAGUGCACUUUCCAUGAAGUGCAGAUUACAGUGGUGUCAGUCAAGAUUUUGUAGAUAAAUUGAUAUUAAAACAUCAUGUUAUAACAGAUUUGAGUUGUCGAAACAAUUUCUUAUGGGCCUUUAUCGGCUAAGGAAUAGGAUCUAAGGGGAUCUAACACCACAAAGGUAUAAUAUGUUUUUAUGGUGUACUGCAAUUAAUUCAACAUGUCUCAAGAGGCUCACUUCAUUUAACAGAAACUCACCCAUGAAAUUGCAUUCCAAGCAAAAAGAAAAAAGUCAAAUAACUGAGAAUUGCACAGCUGCUGUAACUACACAGGAUCAAGUCAA